AUGAAUUCGGGUUCCGUCGCGAACUGGCGCCGGCGCGAUGCUGACAUGACGGCCAGAGACCCGCCUGGCGCGUCCAACGGCUCCGGCAGCGACCCAGCUCCACACACCAACCAAGCCACUGGUGAAGAGGAGACCGAAGAAACUACUGCACCCUUGGACGGGGAUGGCGUGGCGGACCCUCUCGCCAUAACGUCGGUCCUCGAAGCAAUCACAGCCCAGAACCGUGCUAUACCAGUGGUGGCCCCCCUCUGGACGGAAUAUCGAUUGGCAGCAUGCCAUUUGGAUCUGCUCAAGCAGCGAAUCGACUUGUUUGGUGAGGGCGGGAAACUGCGUUGUGGGUAUUUCUCCCGUACCAAGACCUUUGUUCACGAAGUGCCCUCAUCUGCGCAUCAGAUGUGCGCUAAUAAGUUUCGCUGGAGUGUCUAUGAGAAAGUGCUGCGUCUAUGCCCUUCGCUGGCAGAACUGCCAUUUGUGAAAGAAGUCAUCUUUGAUCACUCGCCCACCAUCGAAGCAAGUGACGGCCAGGGCAAUGAUUUCCACCAAGCAGAUCUGUUUGUCAAUCAUAUCCUCUCCAUGGAUUAUGGUUUUUGCCUCGAGUUCGCGUAUGCGCAGAAGCGCGACAGACUAUCCGAUUUGGCCCAAUUCUACAUCCACGACAGUGAGACAGAGACACGGCUUGUCAUCGGCAUCGACUACGACCCCAAACAUUCGAAGAAAGCCACCCUACGGACGUGGAGACGCGACGGCGACAAGCUUCAAGCCCAUGUUCAGGAUCUCCGAGCCGAUGACGGCAAACCCAUUCCCGGUGACCCACUACGGAUCAACGUGUUGGACAUCGCCCCACCACAUUGCACCCCGCUCUCAAUGCACAGCAAGGCUAUUGAAUUUUCGGUCAAAGAACUUGAUGACAUUCUGUAUGUCCAGGAUUACCACCACUGGAAGUUGUGGCAGUAUGGAGGAGUGCCCGAACCGCGGUAUGAUUGA